AUGGCAGUCACGGCUCAUUUUCUUGAUCGUCAGGGGAAGCAGCAGUCGCGCCUGCUGGCACUCCGACGCCAGCUCGGGUGUCAUAGCGGAGAGAAUCUCGCGGCGACACUUGGGCAAGUUGUACACGGGUGGAAGAUAGAGGAUCGAGUCGGGACAGURAUAUCGGACAACGCAUCUUCCAACGACACCUGCCUUCUGAACUUCUACGGAGAUCUUGAUGCAGGAAUGAGCCUGGUGGACAUCUGUGCUAGACUCUUCAACUUCCUCGGCCGCCACGAGGACGAUCUACGACACUGGAGAAAGAAAGGGCAGGUAGGGAAGCUCCACAAUGUCGUCGAGUUCAUAAGGUCUUCUCCUCAGAGGAGUGAGCUUUUCAAGAGGAUCUCGCAAGAGAACGACGAAGCACAAGAAUAUCUCUUGGCGGGCGAGUCGACGGCCGAGCUAGAGGUCGUCAUGAACAACGAUACGAGAUGGAACUCCACUUACCUCAUGAUCUCUCGAGCGCUCGUCAAGCAGGGAGACAUCCGGGCGUUCUUGGUUCAUCCAGAGGUAGAAAAGUGGCUACCGGAGGCCGACAUGCUGAAGGCAGAUGACUGGAGACUCUUAGCAGAAAUCAAGCAUAUCCUUGAGCCAUUCUAUCUGCAGACUAUGAGAACGCAGGGCUGGGGUAGCGAGGGAGGUAAUGGACGGCUUUGGGAGGUGAUGACAGGUAUGGAGUACUUGCUGGAACACCUGGAGGAUCGAAAGUUGUUCCAUCAUGUUGUCCCAGAGGACGCAGGAGGAGAGAAUACCGAUUCUAAGGUCGAAUCAGCCCAAGGGCGACCGGACCGAAAUCGGCAGCUUCCUGCCAGGUUCAGAGAUUGCGAGAUGAAUAUGCAUCCGCGAAAGUCAAUGGGGAGCUUUUUACCAGGUCGUGCGUCGGGACAAGGCGAUAAUGGACCAGGCAAGCCAUCAGGAUCAUCCGGAAUCGACGACGUGGGGGAGGAUCACCGACGCUAUCUGAGACUCUCUAUCAUAACCGCCUGGCAGAAACUAAAUGAGUACUACACUAAGCUUGGAGAGUCACCGUUAUUCGCCGCAUCCAUCAUCCUCCACCCGUCGCUCGGCAUGAGUUAUCUGGAGGUGAAUUGGGCGUCAGAGGAGCAACUUGUGUGGGUGAGGGAUGCCAAGAUUGGGCUGUCUGACUACCUCGACCGCUGGUACCGCUGCAGCCGGCCAGUGGAUGAGCAGCAGAAGGCGAUUGUGGAGACAGCGACGUCCCCCGUCGUACCACGAAAGACAUCUGAAGGUAGCGUGUUCAGGCAAUGGGUCAAAAGCAGGACGGCGAAGACUACGGUGAUGGGUAGCGAGCUGGAGCGAUAUCUGCGGCUGGAGCNUUUGAUCGGAUUUCCGUCGUCUUAA